CCGCCUUGCCUCGUCUCGUCCAGGCGUUGACAUUCGUUUUUACACACUCCGUGCGCUGCAUCCCUUACACCGAACGCCCGACAGACUUCCCCUACGCCCAAGGUGCAUAGCCGCGACUGCGCGCCCCCUGUUACUCCGUACAUCCAGCCGUGAACCAGGUGGGAAUUCUCCGAUCCAACGUCAUCGGCGGCGGCUGUUAUCCUGCCCCCCCCAAGAGGACCGCCGUGGGAAGCAAUGAUGACUUCUCCUACGUCGACUACGCUCUUCCACAUUCCUACCAACCGGAUAUCUUCAGUGACGAACGGAAAGGGCAUCACUCGCAGACGCCGGACGCUCACCAGCCCUUCUAGCAGCCAUAUACUACAGACCAUCGAGGAGAGGAAGCUAUGCAGGCUCAGGAGGACGCCUUCUUUGCUGCACCGCUGCAAGCACCUUGUGGUCCGGCAUACAUGGACCGUCCCGCUCGUUCCUCUGCUCGCCAUUCUUUUCUUGUACGGCGUUAAUCCCACGGAAUCUAGUCUCUUUCAUCGUUUUAUAUUCCUCUCAUACAAACAGCCACGGUCUGACCCCAUGAAACCUGUACAAUAUGCAAAGGGUCCAUGGGACAUCGCAUUCGUUAUCUUUUAUACCAUCGUCCUCUCUGUUGCUCGAGAGUUUGUCAUGCAAGAGCUACUACGGCCCUUGGCUAUCUUCUGCGGGCUGAAAUCGCGGGGUAAAAGGCUCCGAUUCAUGGAACAGACCUAUACUGCCCUCUAUUUUGGCAUAAUGGGACCGGCAGGACUCUAUGUGAUGAGUACCUCUCCAGUCUGGUACUUCAAUACCCGUGGAAUGUAUGAGGCUGCUCCUCAUCUGACGCUCGACGCUGGCUUCAAGUUCUACUACUUGUUCCAGGCGGCCUACUGGGCGCAGCAGGCGGUAGUCAUGCUGCUCGGGAUGGAGAAGAGACGAAAGGACUUUAGGGAGCUCGUAACGCAUCACAUCGUUACUCUAGUCCUUAUCUCUCUAAGCUACCGUUUUCAUUUCACUUAUGUCGGAAUUGCGGUCUACAUAACCCACGACAUCAGUGAUUUCUUCCUUGCUUCAUCCAAGUCACUCAACUACAUCGACAGCCCUCUGGUAGGGCCUUUCGUCGGUGCCACUAUCGCUACCUGGAUCUACAUGCGCAACUACCUAAAUCUACGCAUAAUAUUCUCCCUUUUCAACGAGUUUGAUACCGUUGGCCCCACCGAGCUCGACUGGGAAGCAGGCCAGUUCAAAUGUCUCUACACCAAGCUCUUCUUUCUGUUCCUGCUGGUUUCCCUCCAGGCCCUCAACCUCUUCUGGCUCUUUUUGCUUGUGCGCAUUGCCUACCGCUUUGUCGUGCACAACAUCGCAAAGGAUGAGAGAUCCGAAGCCGAAGAGUCCGAGAUCGAAGAGAUGAAGGCCAAGGAGGCUAAGGUAGCCGGAUCAUCUGCUAUAAUACAGUCUUCCAGCCUGAAGCCUGUUUCAUGAAUUCCUCUUCUCUUCUACUUCAUCUUUGCCUUCUCCAUGAGAAGCUGUAAAGACGGGUAUUUACUUCUUGCCAAGUUUGAUUUCGCUUCUUCAGUAUUGAUACCACCUUUGCUCGAUUUUAUAAUGUUUAAUAUCAUGGCAACUAGAUAGAUUCUACGAAUAAAUGCACAUAACCAUCUCUCUUGUUAUCUUCUCCUCCGUUACCCCUGAACAGUAAACUAAGUACAUAUGCUCGCUCACUCGCUGCCUGCUGACCUAAGCCGCCUCGUCACAUGAAGCAAGCCAACGUCGAAACUCCCAGGAAGAAUAAUAAUUAUUAGAUAUCGAUUGUGAUAACCAACUGCAACUCGACUACGUACAUUCCUUCAUCCAUCCGACAAUCCCCCGGGCUCGUCUUUCAGAAGCUGGCUCGCCUUAUUUGUUACCUGCUUUGCCUCGCGCAGGUAAUGCGCCACUGUCCCGUUCGCUUAACUACCCCGGUGAAGCUUCUCCAGCUUGGAGCUAUGCUCGCGCUUCUCACGCGAUAACAAGUUGACCUAAAACCCAAACGCUCAAACACCCUCCAAACAGCAAUCCGUAUCUGCUCUUGCGCACGGGUUCGCGAGGCCUGAAUCUAUCGGGAUCAAUACAAGGUCUAAUACACGGUCAAUAAUUGAAAUGCGUAUCAUAAAGCCUGUUUGGCUCACGCAUGGAGGUCUGGACUCGUCUUCAUCCUUAUCAAAACUCGGCAUUAUCAUAAAUCGAACUUUUACUGACUGUUUCUCUCCGCGCUUGCUGGAGAUACUCUUAAAUAGGUGAACGGAAAGAUUUCGAAGUAUACAGCUGUGACGUUUCACCGGACGGGAAGAGACUGGUUACUGCCGCCGGAGGUGAGCU